UUCAUUCAUUUCUUCCCACUCAACACAAAAAUUUUGAGGGGCUUAUUCAUUCAUUAUUUCAUUUCUUCCCACUCAGCACCAAUAUUUGCAGGGGCUUAUUCAUUCAUUUCGUCCCACUCUUUAUCUUUUUCCUUGCUAAGAAGCUACUCUAUAAUCUGCAUAAUACAUAGCAAGCAAUGGCUUUAAAGCACACCCCAUAUCAUGCAGCUAUGCUCUUGUCUAGCCUUCUGAUAAUUUCUUCGUCACAAUUUUUAUGUGUCAAAGCUCUCAACUAUAAUUCAGCUGCCUCUCUUUCCACUUCAUGGCUUAAUCACCCCAGUCAGAUGGUCAAUAAUACAGAAUUGGCUUUUGUGACACCAAUCCUUUUGAGAAAAACAAAUGGACCGUGGUUCAUGUGCGGCUUCUACUGUAAAAUGGAUGGUAGGUCAUGCCUCUUUGGAGUCCUUAUUUUCCAAAAUUUGAAUACAACUUAUCUGCAAUUCCCACAACUAGUCUGGUCUGCUAAUAGAAACACUCCUGUUCAAACUCAUGCUGCUUUGCAACUCACGCAAGAUGGAGAUUUGGUUUUGAAAAAUUUUGAUCACACUGUAGUCUGGUCCAGCAACACGGGAGGAAAGCCUGUUUCAGGAUUAAACUUGACUGAAACAGGAAACCUUGUGCUCUUUGGAAAAAAUAACGAGACCAUUUGGCAAUCUUUUGAUCAUCCUACCGACUCGUUGCUCUGGGGACAGAAAUUAAUUCCAGGGCAGAAAUUAAGAGCUAGUGUUUCAGAAUCAAACAUGAGUGAAGGUUUGUUCUCUCUUUCUGUUACCCCCGAUGGCUUGUUGGCUUAUAUGGAGUCCAAUCCACCUCAAAGAUACUAUACAUCCAGAUUUCAUGAGGGUCAUUCUUUCGAAUUCAACAAAGGAAGAUUAUAUGGAUGGGAUAUUCCUUAUAGUUCCUCUUCUCAAUUCCUGAAGUUCGAGCCUGAUGGGCAUCUAAAGGUUUAUCAGUGGGAUGGAAUGCAUUGGAGACAGGUUGCUGAUCUUUUGAGUCCAGAAGCUGGUGAUUGUGGAUAUCCAACGGUAUGUGGAAAGUAUGGAGUCUGCAAACAUGGGCAAUGUGGUUGUCCUGAUGCAGCCAACUAUCAGUCAAACUUUUUUAGGCAAAUCGAUUCUAGGCAUCCAAAUCUUGGAUGUUCAGCACUUACUCCAAUUUCUUGUGACUACGCCAAAGAUCAGAGUUUUCUAGAGCUUAAGAAUACAUAUUACUUUGCGUUUGAAUCAAGUUUGUACAGUCAUGGAACAGGGUUAGAUGAAUGCAAAAAUAGCUGCCUGAACAACUGUUCAUGUAAAGCAGCUCUAUUUGCAUACGAUGGCAAUGGUACUUCAGAAGGAGGUUGUUUAUUACUGAAUGAAGUAUUCUCUAUCAUCAAUAACGAGAAUCACGCAGUAUCAGUUCACAACACAACCCUGUUUGUUAAGGUUUCUAACGUCAAGAAUUCAAGGCAGAGCAAGGUUGCGUUGGUAUUGACUCUAGGAGCUUUUUCUGCUUCGCUUUGCGUUGUUGGGUGUUGCCUCUUUCUUUUCAGGAAAAGAUUAAAAGAAUUGAAGGAAAUUGAAAUGGAUUUGCUUGACCACUUACCAGGAAUGCCUAAAAGAUACUCGUAUGAGAUGUUGAAAAAAACAACAGAAAAUUUCAGCAGGAAACUUGGGCAAGGAGGAUUUGGUUCUGUCUAUGAAGGAAUACUUGACAAUGGCACCAAAAUAGCAGUAAAAUACCUUGAUGGUUUUGGCCAGGUGAAGGAUUCAUUUUUAGUGGAAGUAAACACAAUAGGUAGCAUUCACCAUAUUAAUUUGGUGAAACUUGUUGGAUAUUGCUCUGAAAAGUCACACAGGCUUCUGAUUUAUGAAUACAUGGCUAAUGGAUCUCUUGAUACCUGGAUAUUUGGUGGUACAGAAAAAUCUCCUCUUCCAUGGCAUACAAGAAGAAAAAUCAUCUUGGACAUUGCUAAGGGAUUAGCUUAUCUCCAUGAAGAGUGCUAUCAGAAAAUAAUCCACUUUGAUGUAAAACCCCAAAACGUUCUCUUAGAUCAAAAUUUCAAUGCAAAAGUUUCUGAUUUUGGAUUGUCAAAGCUUCUUGAAAAGGAUCAAAGUAGAGUUGUUACAAGGAUGAGAGGAACGCCGGGUUACUUGGCUCCCGAAUGGCUGCACUCUGCAGGUAUGACAGAAAAAGUUGAUGUUUACAGCUUUGGCGUUGUCAUCAUGGAAAUUAUUUGUGGGAGGAAGAAUGUGGAUUGGUCAGUGACAGGGGAGAAUAGUCACCUGCUCGGUGAUUUCAAGAGAAAAUCACUCGAAGAGAGACUUCAGGACAUUGUUGACAAGAAAAGUGAGGAUAUGCUGAUCCACAUGGAGGAAGCUAUUGAUAUGAUGAAGAUUGCUGCAUGGUGUCUGCAGAGUGAUAUGACCAGGAGGCCUUCAAUGUCCCUGGUAGUUAAAGCAUUGGAAGGUUUGGUGACUGCUGAAACCAAUAUAAACUACGACUUCACAAAUUCAUCAGUAGUCAACAUGGUGACAACUGCUGCUGAAGAAAAGGAAGCUGUUGAUGAUGCUACUCCAUUGUUGCCUUCAGUUUUAUCUGGACCGAGGUAGGCAAGAGCUAAAGAGUCUAUGAUCUUUAGCCAAAAAUCUUGCACACAGUAAUGUACAGACUUUUAUAUUUAGAGAUCCAGCUGCAGUUUUCCAAUUGUUACCGUCUGAACAUUAUGGGAAGGCAAAUCUCUAGUUCAGCUUGUGGUUUAUGUACUGAUAUUUGGUGAUACAAAAGGCACAACAUCUUGUUUCCUGGAGCUGGGUGCCAAUAUUUUUAUACUUCAGAAACAAUGAGAUGUUGUGCUCAAUUUAACUUUAUGCUGUAUGAUUCAGGUGCAUAUUGCUUUUUCCACUUGUUUUUCUUCAUCAAGAUAUCAGGGUAUUAUCCACAAUGCAAGAUGAAUUUGGUUCUCAAAUGGUUAUACAAAUAGCUAAUGCUAUUAUU